UCAGUCCCUGAGCACAGUUUCGAUUUUGACAGCAGAAUACAGUGCCCUGCUGGCAGCUUCUAGAGAGGCAGGGACUCCGGACUGGCCAGAGGGCUGUACCCCCCGUACUGGAUCAGCGGGAGAGAGGAAGGAGCUAAAACAUCUCACUCAAGAGGUCGGCCUGGGUAGCACAGACCCCUGGGGAGCCACCAGCAAUGAUGCUCUCCUUGCUCAUCUUCCUGCUGGCUAUCUUCCCAGUGGUCUCCACGGAAAGCCCCAUAUUUGGUCCUAAGGAGGUGAGCGCUGUGGAAGGUAGCUCAGUGUCCAUCAUGUGCUACUACCCAUCCACCUCUGUCAACCGGCACACUCGGAAGUACUGGUGUCGGCAGGGAGCCAAGGGCAGCUGCAUGACCCUCAUCUCCUCAGGAGGCUACAUCUCCGAGGACUACUUGGGCAGAUCCAACCUCACCAACUUCCCAGCACUCGGCGCCUUCAUGGUGAACAUUGCCCACCUCAGCCGGGAGGACUCUGGGCACUACAAAUGUGGCCUGGGCAACAGCAACCGAGGCCUGAACUUUGAUGUAAGCCUGGAGGUCAGCAAGGAUCCUCGGCUCCUGAAUAACACUGACGUCUACACCAUGGACAUGGGCAGAACAGUGACCAUCAAAUGCCCUUUCAGUGAUAAGAAUGCUGCUAAGAAGAAGUCCUUGUGCAAGAAGACAGAUCAGUCCUGCGAGUUAGUCAUCAACUCGAAUGGAGACAUCAGCCCCAGCUUUCAAGGCAGAGUACGCUUAGUUAUUCAGGGCACCAGCCAAGACACGUUCACCGUCAUCAUCAAUCAGCUCAGAACUGACGACGCAGGGAUGUAUGUCUGCCAAGCUGGGGAAGAUCCUAGCAGUGACCAAAGGAAUGUUGACCUCCAGGUGCUAGAGCCUGAGCCUGAGCUGGUUUAUGGACAGCUGAGGGGAUCAGUGACCUUUGACUGUGCCUUGGGCCCUGAGGUGGCGAAAUUGCCAAAAUUUCUGUGCCGGGUGAACAAGAAUAAACCCUGUGAUGUGAUCAUCAACACCUUGGGGAAGAGGGACCCGGCCUUUGAGGGCAGGAUCCUGCUCAGCCCCAAGGAUCCAGACAACGGCCGCUUCAGUGUGCUGCUCACAGGCCUGCAGACGGAGGACGCGGGAGAAUACCUGUGCGGAGCCCACUCAGACGGAGAGCCCCAGCAAGGCUGGCCCCUCCAGGCCUGGCAGCUCUUUGUAAACCCGGAGACUAUAAUUCCCCGCACGCGCACGGUUGUGAAGGGGGUGACAGGAGGCUCUGUGGCUGUGCUCUGCCCCUAUGACCCCAAGGACAGCAACAGCUUCAAGUACUGGUGUCGCUGGGAAGGGGAGCAAAGCGGCCGCUGCCCACUGCUGGUGGAGAGCCAGGGGAAGGUUCAGGAGGAGUACGAGGGCAGGCUGGCUCUCUACGAGGAGCCAGGUGAUGGCUUCUACACGGUCAUCCUCAACCAGCUCACCACCCAGGAUGCAGGCUUCUACUGGUGUCUCACGAAUGACGAUACUCGCUGGAGGACCAUGGUGGAGAUCAAGGUUGCUGAUGGAGAACCCAGCCUCAAGGUACCAAAGAAUAAAACCGCUGUUUUAGGAGAGCCCCUCAAACUCCACUGCCACUUCCCGUGCAAAUACUACUCCUAUGAGAAAUUUUGGUGUAAGUGGAGCAACCAGGGAUGCCAGGCCCUGCCCAGCCAAGAUGAAGGUCCCAGCCAGGCCUCUGUGAGCUGCCAGAGCACCCAGCUCAUCUCCAUGACCCUGCAGUCUGUCACCAAGGAGGACGAGGGCUGGUACUGGUGUGGCAUGAAACAGGACCGGAGCUUUGGAGAGACUGCAGCUGUCUAUGUGGCAGUCGAGGAGAAGGCAAAAGGGUCCGAUGCUGUCAACCCACCGACUGCAAACAGUGCUCCUGAGGAGGAGGUGGUGCAGCCCCGUGGCAGGGAGGUUGAGAACAAUGCUGUUCUGAACCCCAGGCUUUUUGCAGAGGAAAGAGUGGUGGAGGAUACAGGAAACCAAGCCAGUGGAAGUAGAGCGUCUGUAGACACCAGCAGCUCUGAGGGACAAAGUGGGAGCUCCAAAGUCCUGCUGUCCACUCUGGUGCCCCUGGGCCUUGUGCUGGCACUGGGGACUGUGGCUGUGUGGGUGGCCAGAGCCCGGCACCGGAAGAACGUGGAUCGUCUAUCCAUUAGAAGCUACCGGACAGACAUCAGCAUGUCAGACUUCGAGAACUCCAGGGAUUAUGGUGGCAAUGACAACAUGGGAGCCUCUCCAGUCACUCAGGAGACAGUGCUUGAAGGGAAAGUCGAGGUCAUGGCUAACACUGAGAGCACCAUGGAUGCUGAGGAGCCCAGGAAGGCCAAAAGGUCAUCCAAGGAGGAAGCUGACAUGGCCUACUCGGCCUUCCUGCUCCAGUCCAGCAACAUUGCUGCCCAGGCCCAGGAUGGGCCCAAGGAUGCCUGAGCAGUGCCGGUCACCUGUCACUCCCAUGACAAUCACCUUCAGAAUCAUGUUGAUCUUUGGGCCCCCACUUCAGGGGUCUCCACUGCCUGCACUCACCCCCACCUGGGCUUUUCUCUCUGUCCUCAGAGGUGCACUGCUCUACCUUCACCUUUAAUGGUGACAUUAAUGCCUGCCCUAAUUGCUCCUGCUAAGGUGAGGGGUAUAAGGAGCUCCCACCUGCAGCUUCUUUCUUUUGAGAGAAACUAAGGAACUGGGGAAGGAUUCAGGUAUUGGAGGGGACAUCCUGAAAGCAGAGAGACAAGCUUGGAGCUCAUCUCAGGAAAGAGCCACUUGGAGCCUCUCUGUACCCUAAGGGUGAGAUGUCAACAAGAUUUCUCCUUCCACUCCAUCUCUGCCUCCCUCCUUCCUCUGUUCUUCUUUCCUUCACUCCAAAGACAUAUGUGAAUCUUACUAUAAUCCAGGUGCCCUGCUAGACACUGGGAUAGGUGUGCUUAUACACAACUCCUGGCUGAAAGGCCAUAAAUAUUCCUGGACAAGGCCUAUGCUCCUCUCUGUGCCUGUCUGCUCACUAACACGUGACAUCUCACCUCUGCCCUUGCUGGGUGACAUCAUAAAGUGCCAGGGGCCUAGGGCAUACACACAGCCUUCACAAAUACACACUCUUAGCACUGCAUGGAUAAAAACAGAGGGGUCCUGAGAGGGAUCCUUGGGGUACCCAGUGACCACUCUCAAACCAGAUGUGGCACUCCAACCUUCUUGACCACUGACCUUUCUAUGAGACCCCUGCUCCCUGUGGGAGGCAGUUUUAGAAUAAGGAGGAAGAAAAAAACUGUACAUGGAGACAGAUCUUUCCCAGGCUCUAACCCAGGAAAGACAGCCUUUUCCCUUCCCAUCACUCACAUGGAUCUGGGAUGAAGGAAUGGUCAAAUGUAGCUGGAAGCGUUCCUUCCAAGUGGAGAGGAGGAAGAGGUGUUUAACCAAACCUGGGAGGAGCUGAUCUCCCAAAAGUUAAAGAUGCAAGUCUUUUUCCCUCUCAGCUCAGUACUUCACCCAGCAUCUACGACCUGGCACUUGCUAACAAAUCAGAAAUGUUACUGAUAAUUAAAGCCCAUGAUUGUCACCAA